GGAAAUCGAAAAACGGCGAUUUUCGUGAGAUAUAGAACGAGUCAUAAUAUCGCGAUGCGACCGAGUAUGUGCUUUAGAAAAGUUCUUUGUUAGUGAACGGCUAUCAACAUUUUCACAAAGGCAGGCUUCUUAUUUUAACGAAAAAAAAAAUGGACGAUUUAUCAAAAUUCAGUGCGGAAAACCGACUGAACAUCACCCGUGAGGCCGAACUUUUGCAAAGUUUCGUCCGGGUGAACGUUAAAGAUGACUCGAACGAGGAAGAGAAUCGCUCUGAGGAGGCCCUGGGUAGAGAAACGUCUCCCGAAGUGGAAAAUAGGUUUAGACAAGCGCCGAUGUCUGCCGAAACCAGUCGCAAGUUAUCCAAACAAAUUACCGAGGACGUUCAAAAGAGAAAAGGAAAGAGACGAAGAAAGAAAACGGCUAUUCGUCAAGAGGAGGUGUACUGCGAUAAAGACCGAGCGGCAGCGGUCAAUAUGGGCAGCAAGGACAUAAAGCAAUCCCUAAAAAUCAAGAGGAAAGAGGAAAGAUCCAAGAUCCUCCAGAUACCGGAGGAGGCGGAACCCGGGAACUUCUUGGCUCUAGGGAAUUACGGAAUGUGCCGGGGAGAUCUACAAAUCGCCAUUGACUUUAUGUCUAAGGCCCUGGAACUAAACCCGAGCGAAAAAAACUCCCUGGUCGCCCGAAGUAAAUGUUACAUCCUACUGGGGCAACCCGAGAACGCCCUAAGGGAUGCCGAAACGGCCCUACAAGUGGACAAGACCUUCAUCAAAGCGAUCUUCCAAAAAGCGGAGGCUCUAUACUAUCUGGGGGACUUCGAGCACGCCUUGAUGUACUACCAUCGAGGUCUCCACAUCAGGCCGGACCAUCACAGUUUCAAAAUGGGGGUGCAAAAGAGUCAGCAGGCGAUCGAGAACGCCAUUGGGUCGUUUAUGUCUUCGAAACGUGCAAGUUCCUCUAAGGGCGGACGUCAUUCAAAAGAGACGAGUACCAGGGUGACUCCUGCUUUAUCAAAUCGAAGAUCGACUCCCUCGGGGGUAAAAGGGAAACCGAAGCCGAGUAAAUUGUUGAGAGAACUGGCAGCCGAUAAGGAUUAUCUGGAUGAUUUGAUGAACAAUCCGGAUAUAAAUUGCAAAUUUAAGGAGAACGACGAUAGUAUAAGGAAGUGCAUUCAGGAGACCGUCGAUUAUUUGAAUGCGCGGCAGGAAUUUUGGAGGCAACAGUUACCUAAGCAUUUAAAAUAGUUUCAUUAAGUAUAUGCACCAUGUUAAAAUUAUAAAAUAAAAGCAUAAUUAAGCCUGA